AUGAUCAGGAACGCGAUCAAGAUGCCUUCGGAACCUCUGACAAAAGCCCAGCGGAUGAGCUAUCGCAUCGGCCGCGGCGAACAAGGUGUUCUAACAUUCGAGCCCUACAAGUCCGAGAUACUUCCUUUAUGGCGUUUCAAAACGCCUGCUAUCGCACAAAAGUCCUCGUCUGAGAUCUACGCCAAGUUUCUGGAGUACGACAAGAAGGAUGACUUCGUUGGCAUGGACAUGUCCCGCAAGUUCUUGCAGAUGGGCAUGACCAGGGCAAAGAGAUAUUCAAAUCAUGCUGGAGGAAGAAAGUACGACAAGAAGACCGGAGAACAACUAGAAAGAAGCAAGGGUCACGACGGGCAAGAUGAGAAACUGGAAGCUAGCAUCAUCUUUAGGGAGGUUUGGGAGAAGGCCAAGCUGCACGAAGGCUACGUGGACAAGAAGGAGAGGUUCAUGAAGGAGCAAAAAGAGUGGGAUAAAGAAAAGAAGAAGGAGGCCAAAGAGUGA